GGAUGGCUAGGGUUUGUUUCACUCGAAAUUCGAACCGCCAUCCUCGGCGUUUUAUCUUCGAUCAUGGCGGAAGAGUUCGCAGAGAAGCUCCGGUAGGUCGCGCGCGAGGAGCAUGCGGCGGGGGAGUUGCUGGUGGCGUGCGAACAUGUAGAGAAGCUCCAGUUGGUCGAGCGCGAGGAGAAUGCAGCGUGAGAGGCGGGCGAAUGUGUAGAGAAGCUCCUAUUGGUCGAGAUGCUGAAGGAAUGCGAAUGUGGCGCCGAGAAACGGGGAAGGGAGGAGGGGAAUGUAGAGGGCCGCGAUUCGAAGCGUCGGAAGCAGAAGGUGGAGGAGUCAUUGGAAGAAGUAAGGACCGAGGGAGCGAGUCUAGGGCCGAAGGUGUUUGGAUCGGCGACUGAGAUGUACCGAUACUUCCUGAAACUUGUCCAUUCUUGGUCGGCCAAUCUGGACCUCAACCAGUAUGAACAUCUGGUACUGCUGGACUUGCUGAAGAAAGGACACCCUGAAUCCACAAUUAAGAUCGGCGAAGGAAUCAAAGCGUUCCAGGUCCGCGAUCAUCCAAUCUGGAAUACUCGAUGCUUCUUUCUCAUUCGCGUCAAUGGAAGUUCCGAUGCUUUCAGCUUCCGCAAAUGCGUCGAUAAGAUACUGCCUCUACCUAGUCACCUGAAAGUGGAUUCUUCAUCGGGUAACUCCUCCGGCAACAGAAACUCCAGCCGAGGUGGUAGAUGAAGUCGUCUAGGACAUGGGAAGCAAGGUGGCUGCUGUCUUUUGUAAAUUUGAAACCUAUGAAACUAGAGGCGGUUUUUGAUGCCUGUGGCAUAUUUUAGUGAUUAGAUCAGUAAUUUCUAAUAUUUUGGAAGGGGAGUUUAAUUAUUGCCGGAUAAGAUAGCAAUUUAGAUGUCAGGAUAUGAUUGUUUAGAAUAGACCCUUCUUAAGGAUGUUUGUAAUUGUCAAUAUUAAUAUGAUUAGUUGUAAUUAUUUUUGCA